UGGCAGCUGCAGUCCAGCUACGUAAAUCUCCGGUUUCACUCAGUCACACUACGUUUUUGUCAAUAUUUACUUACAAAACAAAGAAAAGGAGACCUCGCUACUUUGCAGCUUUUAGAAACUAAAUUCCGAGCAUGUCGUUACAUGUGUACUCUCGACUGAUGAGGAGUAUUCCCCGCGUAUUAGCGAGCAGAAAUGUCGUUCCUGUCACAAGACAACCGACAACGGAAUGCUGGACACAUUUACGAUGCUUACAGCAGACCCGUGUCAUUCGUUAUGAGGGUGGUGUAUUGCGAAAUUUCAGCUCAUCAAACCAGCCUUCAAUAGACGUGUGCUAUGAGCAGCUUAAAAAACUGCUGGUGUCCCGAUCUGGUGUGGUUAUAGACGUCCGUGAGCCGUGGGAACUCCGAGAGUACGGGAACAUCCCUGGGUCCAUUAACGUACCACUGGGACAGGUGAAUGGAGCUCUUCAACUCAAGCCUGAAGAGUUUAAGGAGAAAUUUGGUGGAGAGAUGCCAAAACACUCUCAAAAUAUUGUGUUCACCUGCCUAGCUGGUAUAAGAAGCAAAACGGCCCUAGAUACUGCAGUGUCUUUAGGAUACAUCAACGUCCAGCAUUAUCCAGGUGGAUGGAAAGAUUGGUCAGAACGUGAAAUAAUACAAACCAAAAGGUGAUCCUCACAUUGAUCUUCACAUGGUAACACUGUGACAGGAAUUAAAUUGACUUGUGUUACCAUUUUUUUAUCAUUGACAGAGCCAGAACAUGCCAUAAAGAUAGAAUAAUUCAGUAGUUUUGACAGAAAAUAAAGGAAUGGUGUAGUUAAAUGUUAAUCUUGAAAAGAUGCAAUUAUAUGAUGUGAGCAGUCUGCAUUCUAUGCAAACAUUUCAUUUGAUGUAUGUAUUCAAAGGGCUACUGGUUUUUGUGAUGUAGUCAAUGAGAUUUUAUCCCAUGAUUUAUGGACUCAGUUUAGCACUGUGUACAUUUCAAAGAAUCAUAUGAAGAAUUGUCUUUUUAUGUUGUAUUCUUGAAAAUAAAACUUUGAUGCUACAUUGUGCUUAUCUGAAAAGACAUUAUAUCAGAUUUUUUUUCCUUUCAAAAAAUUAUUGUGUGUAUCCAAAUACUAAGGUUAGGGAUUUGAACAAACUCCUGAGUUUCAAACUUCUGUGCAUAACUCAUCGUAAUGUUACCUCAAAUCAUGCAGCUUGUUGAGUGGUGGUGGCGUAGUGGGCUAAAGCACAUAACUGGUAAUCAGAAGGUCGCUGGUUCGAUCCCCACAGCCACCACCAUUGUGUCCUUGAGCAAGGCACUUAACUCCAGGUUGCUCCGGGGGGAUUGUCCCUGUAAUAAGUGCACUGUAAGUCGCUUUGGAUAAAAGCGUCUGCCAAAUGCAUAAAUGUAAAUGUUGUUGAGGAUUGAGGUUUGAUAUUGUUUUUCUAAGUGACCAAAUUUAGGAUUUUCACCUGAGGAAAGAGAAAACUUACAAAAACAAAAUUACAGUCUUGAGGGUCAUAGAGGGUGAGUUAUUUUGCAUUAAGACCUCAGAAUAUCAUAGAUACAUGAAAGAACUUCAAACUUCCAAGUUUUGUACAGGCAGGCACCGUUCACAUUUUCUCAUUUUCUUUUCUAGUCUUGUAUGAACUAAAUGUUACACAGUUUGGUGAGAUAAAACUGAGACAUUUACCAUUUAAGACUAUAUGCUUUAGAUGAUAGAUUCUGUGCAAAUAGAUCCAUUGGGAAAAAAAAUUCUAUAGAUGAAGUACAGUUAUAGGACUAGUCUUUGAUUAAGAAGCUCAUUUUGUUAAUUGUUGCAACAUUGAAUGCAUUUAUUGUAAAGCUCAUUGAUUAAUUAUGUACCAAGCUUAAAUAUUUAUCUUUUUGUAUGUUUAACAAUUUCAACCCUAUAAAUAACAAGCCCUUUGUCUGCAAUACAUCA